AUGGUAAUCACGGCAACGGUGCAGAAGGAGAAGGGUGGCAAGCUCGGCCUUAAGCUUACUAGUGAAGCCAACAAGCUUUAUGUCACGAAAAUAGCGGAAGGCGGAGCCAUGGAUAAUGCCAAGUCAGGCCUCGAGGUUGGCAUGGAGGUGCUAGAGAUUAAUGGGAAGAGUGCGUUUGCCAUGUCUUCGACGGACGCCGCAAAAAUUAUGUUGGAAACGGGCGGCACGUUGACCCUCAAGGCACGACACCCUCCUGGCGCCUUUGUGACCGGUACGUUCAACAAGGAAGCACCCACUACUAAGGUUGGCCUACGUUUGGAAGAUGGAGACAGUCGAGUGAUGAUCAACAGCAUUCGAGAAGGAACCCUUGCUGCUUCUACCGAUUUGAGUGGUGGGAUGGCAAUACGCCUCAUCAAUAACACAAAUUGUGUUGGCAAGGACGCCAUGUUUGUGGCACAGCUGUUGGCGGAUGCAGUCGGGAAUCUGACGGUGGUCGGUGAGACUUCCGAGGCAGCCGAUUAUCACAUGAAAGAAGUUGUCACGGCUACAUUGCAGAAGGAGACAGGAAUGAAGCUGGGUUUGACCCUGACAGAAACCGAGGGUAAACUCAUUGUCACCAAGAUUAAGGAAGGUGGAUUGGUGGCCAAGACCCCUUUGGCUCUGGGGAUGGAAAUUUACAGUAUCAAUAACAUUGUCGUGGUUGGAAAAUCAUCUACGGAGGCGGCUGGAAUUUUGAUUGCUGCAAAAGGGACGAUUACCAUCCUGGCGUUCAAGGAGGAAACCGAGGAAGCAUCGGGUGCUACGGAUGGGGACUCGGAUAUGAUUACUGCCGUCAUACAGAAGAAGCAAGGCGCCAAGCUGGGAGUUACACUAUCCGAAUUGGACGACAAGCUUGUCAUCACCAAAAUCAAGGAAGGUGGACUGGUGGCUGGAACAGCCUUGGGCGUAGGAAUGGUGCUCUAUAGCAUCAAUGAUGAGCCCGUGGAAGGCAAGACAUCUGUAGAAGCGGCAGGCAUGUUGGCCAAAGCCCAAGGAACUUUGACAAUUGUGGCCAGCAAGAGUGGAGACGUCAAACCUGGCAGCGUCGGGAAGGCAGCUGCUACUGCCACCACUGCUGCCAGUUCUGGUGAUAGUGCUCCUCCGCUUGAGGAAGGCAAGGAAUACAUUACAGCCUUGUUGACAAAGGCCCCAGGUAUGAAGUUGGGUCUGACUUUGUCUGAGGUCGAGGACAAGCUGGUUGUCACCAAGAUCAAGCCUGGCGGUUUGGCUGCCACCUCAGCCCUGGAAGAGGGAAUGGCGCUUUACAGCAUCAACGGUGAGCCUGUUGCGGGCAAGACGUCUGUGGAAGCAGCUGGAAUGCUGGCCAAAGCACAAGGUACCAUUACUGUUAUCGCCAUUGGAGACAAGGCACCUGGAUCUGAGUCCAACAAUCUGGCCACGGCUGCUGUUGCUACAGCUGCAGUUGCUGCCACGGCUGCUGCAAUUGCUGAUUCUGGUGACGAUGCGGAAGCAUUGGAGGAAGGCAAGGAGUAUGUUACAGCCUUGAUGACGAAAUCUCCAGGUGCCAAGUUGGGAGUCACCUUGUCAGAGAUGGAUGACAAGCUGGUUGUCACUAAGAUCAAAGAAGGAGGCUUGGCUGCUGCCUCAACUCUGGGUGUAGGAAUGGUGCUUCACAGCAUCAAUGGUGAACCUGUUGCUGGCAAGUCCUCAGUAGAAGCAGCUGGAAUGCUGGCCAAGGCACAAGGUACUUUGACGGUUGUGGCCAUUGCAGACAAAGCCCCAGAAGAUGAAUCCAACAAUCUUGCCAAGGCCGCUGUUGCCACUGCUGCGGUUGCCGGCACUGCCGCUACGGCUGCUGCUAUUGCCAAUUCUGGUGAUGAUGCGGCUGCAUUGGAGGAAGGCAAGGAGUAUAUUACUGCCUCAAUGACAAAGUCUCCCGGCGCCAAGUUGGGAAUCACGUUGUCUGAGGUGGACGACACACUCGUUGUGACCAAGAUCAAGGAAGGAGGCUUGGCUGCCGCCUCGACUCUGGGUGUAGGAAUGGUGCUCUAUAGCAUCAAUGGCGAACCUGUGGCAGGCAAGACGUCUGUACAGGCAGCAGGAAUGCUGGCCAAAUCCCAAGGUACUUUGACGGUUGUGGCCAUUGCAGACAAAGCCCCGGAAGACGAAUCCAACAAUCUUGCCAAGGCUGCUGUUGCUACAGCUGCGGUUGCCGGCACUGCAGCCACGGCUGCUGCUAUUGCGGACGGUUCAGAUCCCCCCCCUGCGCUUGAACCUGGCAAAGAUUUCAUCACAGCUCUUUUGAUAAAGUCACCAGGCAUGAAGUUGGGUUUAACUCUGUCAGAGGUGGAUGACAAGCUGGUUGUCACCAAGAUCAAACCUGGCGGUUUGGCCGCUGACUCGGCAUUGGAGGAAGGAAUGGCACUUUACACUAUCAACGGUGAGCCUGUGGAUGGGAAGACAUCAAUGCAAGCUGCAGGAAUGCUAGCCAAGGCCCAAGGUACUGUGACUGUUAUUGCAAUUGGAGACAAGGCACCUGAAGAAGUUGAAGAAGAGAAGUCAAGUAAGGCCGCAGCCAUUGCAGGAGGAGCAGCAUUGGCCGCAGCAGCCACGGCUGGGGCUGUUGUAGGAGUUGCCAGCCUUGCCAAAGGUGGAGAUGAUGCUGCAGAGGCAGCUUCGGUCCCAGCAGAAGCAGCAGCUGAGGGAGAAGAAGCGGGAGACGGCGCGGCAGAGGAGCCAGAUGCCGCAGAAGGUGGCGAAACUGAGGGAGCAGAGGCGGCAGAGGAGCCAGAAGAGGAUUCCGGCAGUGCUCUCAAGACGGCAGCUGCAGUUGGAGCAGGAACAGCAGCAGUUGCUGGAGCUGCGGUUUUGGCUUCGAAAGCGUCAGAAGAGCCAGAAGCCGAGCCUGAAGAGGCGGCGGAAGCUCCCCUGCCUCCAUUGGAGGAUGGCAAGGAAUAUGUUACAGCAAGCAUUACAAAGGAGGCCGGUGCCAAGUUGGGCCUGAAACUAACCCAGGCUGAUGACGAUAUGCUUGUGAUUGCGAAUAUCAAACCUGGAGGUUUGGCCGAUGCCUCAACUCUGGCCAUUGGAAUGUUGGUCUACAGCAUUAAUGGUGAACCGGUCAAAGGCAAGUCCCCAGUUGAAGCAGCCGGUAUGCUGGCUGACGCAGAAGGAACUCUGCUUGUUGUUGCUAUUGCAGACAAGCCCCCUGAGAAGGAAGAGGAGAAAGGACCAAGUACCGCUGCCAAGAUGGGAUUUCUAGCUGCAACUGGAGCAGCCGUUGCUGGGCUUGGGGUAGGCAUUGCAAGCCUCGUCAAAGGAGGAGGUGAUGCAGCAUCCUCGACUGCUGCUUCGGUUCCUGCCGCAUCGUCAACCGCAGCAGGGGCUGAGGCAGCAGCUGCGGAAGGAGCAGCCGAAGGUGCUGAAGGCGCCGAUGAAACAGCCGAAGAGGGCGCCGCAGAAGGAGGCGAAGAAGCUGGAGAAGGAGAAGAAGCCGGAGAAGGAGACGAGGAGCCUGAAGAACCAGAAGAAGAAGACAAGGGCAGUGGUCUCAAGACAGCGGCUGCAAUUGGAGCUGGAGCAGCUGCAAUUGGAGCUGGCGCAGCGGCGCUUGCAUCCACAGCAGCAGAGCCUGAUGUUGAGCCUGAAGCACCGGCAAGCGGAGAGACCGAAGCCGAGCCUGAGCCAGCGGAAGACCCUGCAGUGGAGCCAGAGGCUGAGCCUGAAGCAGAACGCGAAGUUGAGCCCUCUCCCGAGGAAGAAGCGAAAUCUGUUGCUCCUGCUGUUGUUGCCGCUGCAGCUGCGACAUCGGCUGCUGCUGUUGCUGUUGCUGCAACCUCUGCAUCUGAUCCCAGUCUUCCUCCUCUUGAAGAUGGCAAAGAAUACGUUACGGCUACUUUGCAAAAGCAGGAAGGCUCCAAGCUGGGUCUGAAAUUGUCUGAAGUUGGCGACAAGCUUGUAAUCACUACUGUCAGAGAAGGAGGUAUUGCUGCCGCCUCAGCUUUGGCUGCGGGUAUGUCACUCUACAGUGUUGAUGGUGAAACUUUGGAAGGCAAGUCAUCUGUCGAAGCAGCAGGAUUGCUCGCCAAGGCACAAGGAACCUUUACUGUUAUUGCCAUUGCAGACAGGGCAACUGAAUCCAGAUCGAUAGCACCUGCUGUUGCUGGCGCUGCUGCAGUCGCAGGAACAGCUGCGGCUGUUGCAGCUGCUACCGCCCCAGACUCUGAUCUUCCUCCUCUUGAAGAGGGCAAGGAAUAUGUCACAGCAGUGCUUCACAAGGAGGCUGGCUCCAAGCUGGGUCUGAAACUUUCUGAAGUUGGCAACAAGCUUGUUGUCACUACUGUCAGAGAAGGAGGAAUUGCUGCAGCCUCAGCUUUAGCUGCUGGCAUGGCGCUCUACAGUGUUGAUGGUGAAACAUUGGAAGGCAAAUCAUCCGCUGAUGCAGCAGGAUUGCUUGCUAAGGCACAGGGAACUUUCACUGUUAUUGCCAUCGCAGACAAGGCAACUGAAUCCAGAUCGAUAGCACCUGCUGUUGCUGGCGCUGCUGCGGCUGCAGGAACUGCAGCAGCUGUUGCAGCUGCUACCUCUUCGGAUGACCUACCUCCUCUUGAAGAUGGCAAGGAAUACAUCACAGCAGAGCUGCACAAGGAAGCAGGCGCCAAGCUGGGCCUGAAAUUGUCUGAAGUUGGCGACAAGCUUGUAAUCACUACUGUCAGAGAAGGAGGAAUUGCUGCGGCCUCAGCUUUAGCUGCCGGUAUGGAGCUCUUCAGCAUUGAGGGUGAGAGGCUGGAAGGCAAAUCAUCUGCAGAUGCAGCUGGUAUGCUCUCUAGAGCACAAGGAACUUUCAUUGUUAUUGCCAUUGCAGACAAGCCGGCAGCGGCAGCUCCCAAAGUAGCUGCUUCCAUCCCUCGCGCACAAUCAACCAAGCCUGUCACGAUUCCUAACGCCCUAACGAUGGCUGUGCUCAAGAAGGGGCCGGGAGAACGCCUUGGACUUCGUCUGGGACUCAAGAACGAGAAAGUUAUGGUUAGCGGCAUCGGUGAAGGAUCACUUGCCUCUCAGACCUCUCUCCAGCCCGGCAUGGUUAUUAUUCUCAUUAACGGCAAGAGCUGUGCUGGAUUGGAUACCCCUGACGUUGCGAAGUUAUUGGCUGCAGCAGGUGAAAAUGUUGUGAUCGUUGCGGAGACUCCUGGACCUAAGCCCACUCCCAAGAAUCUUGUUGCCGCCGUUGCUGCAAAGGACAAAGAGGCAAAGGUUGGCGUCACACUCACCCAGCAAGGUGGAAGACUAGUCAUUACGAAGAUCAAAGAAGAUGGCUUGCUGGCCGAGACGGACCUUCGUGUUGGCAUGGAGGUUCUCGCUAUUGAUAAUGUGACUUGUAUUGGGAAGUCUUCUGCUGAUGCCGCUGCGCUCUUCAAGCAGGUGGAUGGAACCCUUAUGAUAGUUGCCAAGAAACCAGCCAUGGCGGCAGGCGCACUGGUCACAGCUGCAGUCACAAGAGAGGACCCUGCCGCGAAGCUUGGUAUCCGCUUGGGAAUGACUGGUGGCAUAGUGGUGGUGACCAACAUAUCUGACGGUUCACUGCUGUCCAUGACCGAUAUCGAAGAAGGCAUGGCAAUGAGGACAAUUAAUAAUGUCGACCUUUCAGGAAUGCAGUCUGUGGAGGCAGCGGGUUUGCUGAAAGACUCCGAGGGUAUUAUUACCAUCCUGGCAGAGAAUCGUUCACCAGGAAGCACAUCCGGUGCCGACGUUUCGAACCUGGUGGCAGCAUCUGUUGUCAAUUCCAAGGGCUCCAAUCUGGGCCUGACACUCUCUCAACAAGGCGGAAAGCUUGUCGUCACAAGCAUCGAAGAAGGUGGGCUUUUCUUUGGAACUGCUCUCCGUGUUGGAAUGCAAGUUCUGAAGAUCAACAACGUGGAUUGUGCCGUACUCACGAUGGAAGCGUCUGAGCUUUUGAUGGCCAAGGAAGGGGUCCUUACUGUGUUAGCGAAAAGGAAAGCACUUAAGAAAGGUUCUCUGAUGACUGCAGUAAUGACCAAGGCUGAAGCCGGUGUUAAGGUCGGAUUGGGACUUGGAUCAUCCAAUGGGUUGAUCGUCGUGACCAAGAUUAGAGAUGGUACUUUGGGUGCCACCACAGACCUACGUCCUGGGAUGGUCAUUCGCAGUGUGAACAAUGUGAACAUCGACGGCAAGGAUUCAAUGGCGGUGGCCAAGCUCUUAUCUCAGGCUGAAGGCACAAUUACAGUCGUCGCUGAAGUAGUUGAAAGUUCUGCGGUGCCAGUCAAGCCUCCCAAAUAUUAUGCAGCCACCGUCAACAAGGAGAUGGGUGCCAAGGUCGGAGUUGGUCUUACUCAGAAGGGCGGCGUCUUGGUAAUCACCAAGAUUGCUGAUGACGGCUUGAUGUCAGGAACUGCACUUGAGGUAGGAAUGGAGGUCGCCACUAUCAACAAUGUCGACUGUAUGACGAAGAGCACCUCGGAAGCUGCUGAAAUGUUGCAGAAUACUGAAGGCAGAUUGACGAUUCUAGCUAGGAAGCCUCGUCUUCCACCUGGCUCUCUCGUCACAGCUUCGGUUACCAAAGAAAGCACCGGCACCAAGGUCGGGCUCAAGCUCGGAUUGUCUGGUGGUACCAUCGUCGUUGCAGGAUUGGCUGAAGAUUCGCUUGCAUCGGAAACCGACUUGGAAACCGGAAUGAUUGUUAGAUCGAUUAACAACGAGGACUGCACUGGUUUGCAGGUUGCUCAAGCUGCCAACCUUUUGAUUGAAGCAGAGGGGAUUCUCACUAUUCUCGCGGAAGUUCCAACAGGCAGAGGUGGAGGCGCUGGAUCUGCGGUGAUUUCCUCCCUCGUGACUGCCACUGCAUACAAGGAAAAAGAUGCCAUUGCUGGUGUUACACUGGAUCGCAAGGAAGGCCACUUGGUGGUUACCAAGAUUGAAGAGGAAGGAGCAUUGUUUGGCACUGGGCUCCGUGUUGGCAUGCAAAUUGUGUCGAUAAACAAUGUUGUUUCUGGGGUUUUAAGCGCAACCUCAGCCAAUGAGCUCCUCAAGAAGGAAGGCUCUCUUACGAUUCUUGCCAAGCCAGUGUCUCCUCCUCCAGGAACGCUCCUUACGGCAGCUUUCUAUAAAGAGACAGAAGACACCAAGGUGGGGCUUGGGCUUGGACAAUCCAACGGAGUAAUCGUUAUUACCAAAGUCCGCGAUGGAACCGUGUCAGCUACAACAAACCUUGAACCAGGCAUGGUAGUCCGGGCCAUCAACAACGUCGACUGCACGAAGAGAACAUCUGAGUCUGCAGCCAAACUCCUCAAGGAAUCAGUCGGAACAGUUACUAUCCUCGCAGAAAAGCCAGCACGAACCGGUGCGGAUAUGACAUUGCCAGUGGCUUGUCUUUUCGCGGUGACCUUCAAGAAAGAAAAGGACGACAAGCUUGGAGUGAAGCUUAACAACCAAGAUGGAAAGCUUACCGUUGGCUCCAUUGGCGAAAGUAGCAUGGUGGCAAACACAAGGCUACGUGAAGGAAUGGAAAUUGUUAAGAUCAACAAUGUGGAUUCCACCGCUAUGUCUCCCACCGAAGCAGCAACAUUGCUUUCACAAGCCGAAGGAUCAGUUACUAUCCUCGCAAAGAAGGCCAGCUCUCCUCCUGGUACAAUCAUCACGGCGACCAUGACGAAAGAGAACUCGGACGCCAAGGUUGGAAUUGGUUUGGGUUCGUUCAAGGGUGCAACAGUCAUUACAAACCUCAAGGAUGGCACUCUUGCCGCCGCCACUGAUCUAGAAGUGGGUAUGGUUGUAAGGACCAUCAACAAUGUGGAGUGCAGUGAAAUUGAGGUAUCUGAAGCUGCCAAGCUUUUGAAGGAGACUGAAGGAAUGGUGACCAUUGUGGCCGAAGCUCCAAGCGCUGGAUCCGGUCCAUCCUUCGACUCGCUUCUUACUGCAACUUUCGAAAAGCAAAAGGAGGACAAGGUUGGUCUCACCGUCGCCAACAAGGCGUCCAAGAUCUACGUCUCGAAGAUCAAACCUGACGGUAUGGUUGCCGCUAGUGGCUUGGCGGUUGGUAUGGAGCUUCUGUCGAUCAACAACGCUAUAGUUGCUGGAAUGUCAUCCGCCGAGGUUGCACAGGUACUCGCAGAAUCCGAAGGAACCUUGACAUUGCUUGCCCGCAAGGCAGCGUUGCCUCCUGGCUCUUUUGUUACUGCGGUUAUCACAAAAGAGAGCCCGGAUCAGAAGGUUGGUCUCCGCCUUGGUGUUGCCGCAGGGGUUCUUGUGGUCUCGAGCACUGCUGAAGGCUCUUUGGCCGCGGAGACGGAACUCAAGUCGGGUAUGAUCGUCAAGACUAUCAACAACGUCGAUUGCACGAGCAUGGGACCUCCAGAGGCGGCCAUGCUACUCAAAGAGGCAGAGGGAAGCAUCUCGAUCCUAGCAGAAACACCAAGGGCUCGUGGAGUUCAAGCUGACGCUCCUGCAUUGGCUUCUUUUGUAACUGUCAGUGCAGUAAGCGCAGCUGGCGCAGCCGUCGGCAUGAAGCUUGUCCGUGAAAAUGGAAAGCUUGUUGUUUCAGAGCUCAGCGAGGAAGGAGAGUUCAUGGGUUCGUCCCUUCGUCCAGGAAUGGAGGUUCUCAAGAUCAAUAAUAUUGACUGUGGCGUUCUUAGUGCAAGUGCAGCAACAACGCUCUUGACUUCGGAGGAUUCUUUGUCACUGUUGGCUCGCAAGCCUGUGUUGCCCCCCGGAACCCUUGUUACUGCUGUUGUCAGAAAGGACAGCGAGGACGCAAAGGUUGGCGUGAAGCUGGGAACUUCCCAUGGCAUGGUUGUUUGCACAGGAGUUAGGGAUGGUACUUUGGCGUCCACGACACCUCUUGAACGUGGUAUGGUCAUCAGGGCUAUCAACAACGUUGACUGCUCCAAAAAGAACUCCAUGGAUGCUGCUAAGAUCCUGGCUAGUUCAUUUGGCCUUAUCACCAUUUUGGCCGAGGUCCCAGACAAUUCCGCAGUUUCUGCUCCCGUCCCGACGCUCAUUACGGCCUCGGUGGACAAACCUGCUGAUGCUGAAAGCGGCGUCACUUUCGAAGAUGAAGAUGAUGGUAUUGUUGUGAAAUCGGUCGCAAAGGAUGGCGUGUGGUCCAAGACUCGUUUGCGUGCGGGAAUGGUGCUGUUGAUGCUCAAUGGAGCGUCGUGCGAAGGCCGCACUGCAGGCGAUGUGACCACUAUGCUCGAAGAGGCUGAUGGAAAAGUGACUGUCCUCGCGAAAACCAAGAGUCUACCGUCUGGAACCCUUGUGUCCGCUGUGUUAACAAAAGAAAGCGCAGACACGAAGGUGGGACUGGGAAUCGGUACUAUUGGAGGCAAGUGCUACAUUACUGGCAUCAAGAAUGAUAGUUUGGCGUCCCCAACGGACCUGCGAGCUGGAAUGCAGAUGCGAUUGGUCAACAACGUUGAUUGCUCUGACAUGGAUUCUUCUGAAGUUGGCAACCUCCUUGCUCAAGGUGAAGGUGUUGUUACCAUUGUCGCGGCUAUUCCUGGCAAGGUCGGAGAAUCCAAAGAAGCCUCCGAACCAACACCAAUCACGGCAACUGUAUUCAAAGAGCCAGAUGCGAAAGUGGGCGUGACGUUGACAGACAAAGGAGGGAAGGUGUACGUUUCCAAGAUCAACGACGAAGGACUCGUGGCAGCCACCACUCUUAAGGUUGGAAUGGAGAUCAUUUCGAUUGACAACAUGCAGUGCGCAGGAAAGAAAGCGCCAGAUUGUGCGGCUCUCCUACAGGGAUCCGACGGCUACUUGACCAUUGUUGCUUGCUUUCCCGUCCUUCUACCUGGUUCUUUGGUGACUGCCGUGAUUACGAAGGAAUCGGCCAACACCAAGGUGGGUUUGAAACUUGGAGAAGAGUCAGGCAAGAUCCGAAUUACUGGAAUUGCUGAAGGUUCUUUGGCGUCGAACACUCCGCUGGAAGCUGGCAUGUCCCUCCGCGCCAUCGAUAACAUCGACUGUAGCGGAUUGAGUACGUCGGACGUGGCGAAACUUCUCGUGGACGGUGAGGGUACCUUAACUAUCCUUGCAGCAACUGCCGAGAAGGGCAAAGCUGCUCCAAGCACGGACUCGAUGGCUACUAUAUGCUCCGUUACCGUCAACAAGACGAGUGAUUCGGACUUGGGAGUCACUAUUGCCCGAAAGGGUGGAUACCUUGUUGUCACAAACAUUUUGAAGGGUGGUUUGAUCUUCGGAACCCCGCUCCGCGUCGGAAUGCAGUUGGCGACGAUCAACAAUGUGGACUGCUCUGUGCUGUCGGCUAAGUCUGCAACAGACUUGAUGGAGCACGAGGGAAUGGUGACAAUCCUUGCACGGAAGAAGCAGUUCCCAGCUGGCUAUCUCGUCACAGCAGUAAUCCAAAAGGAUUCCCCUGACACAAAGGUUGGCCUUGGAAUGGGAUCCAAGAAUGGACACAUCUACGUUACCAAGAUCCGUGAUGGUACCUUGGCAGCAUUGACUGAACUUCAGCCCGGAAUGAUAGUUCGAACCAUCGACAACGUGGACGUUUCUGGCAUGACGCUGGUUGAUGCCGCAAACCUUCUUGCCAAUACGGAAGGAACAAUCACAAUUGCAGCAGAGAUGCCCAGCGCAGAAUCAGAAGAAGCCCAUCCUACCUUCGUCACCGCCACCGUCCAGAAGAACAAAGAUGAAAAAACUGGGCUCACCUUGGCAGAGAAGAAGGGUCAGCUGUAUAUUUCGCAGAUUCACAAAGGUGGGCUUUUAGCAGCAACCGGUCUAGGCGUCGGUAUGAUGGUGAUGGCGAUCAACAAUGUGCAAGGGGCUGGAUUAUCUGUGAUAGAUGCUGCUGCACAUCUGCAACAAGUAGAAGGAGACCUCACCAUCCUUGCCAAGAAACCAGUUGUGCCGGCCGGAGGAAUGGUAACUGCGACCAUCUCAAAGGAGAAUGUCCACAGCAAGAUUGGAGUAAGACUUGCUGCUGCUGGCGGUCUUAUUGUUGUGAAGGGCAUCAGCGAAGGUUCAGCUGCAUCGGAGACUGAUAUUAAGUCUGGCAUGAUCGUGAAAUCGAUCAACAAUGUAUCUUGUGCUGGCAAAGAUGCCGUCUCUGCUGCGAAGUUGUUAACUGAAGCGAUUGGUACGGUAACGAUUGUUGCAGAAGCACCAAGCGAAGGACAACGAUCAGCCCCUGCAUCUGUGUUGUUGACUGUGACUGUCCCCAUGAACGAGGACACCAAAGCUGGCUUGGUGGUUGACAAGAAGAGCGGAAAGACUGUUGUGUCGAAGAUUGACGAAGACGGCGUUCUGUUUGGUAGUGGUCUCCGAGUUGGCAUGGAAGUUUUGAAGAUCAACAACGUUGACUGUGCUGUCUUGUCGAAGACCUCGGCGGCUCGUCUGAUGGAAGACGACGGUUGGCUCACGAUUCUUGCAAGGAAGACAUUGAAGCGUGCUGGUGUCUUUGUUGCGGCCACGCUGAAGAAGACAUCAUUGGGUACGAAGGUUGGACUCGGACUCGGCAAAUCUAAGGACAGAGUUAUCGUCACGAAGAUCGGCGACGGCACUCCUGCGGCAACAACUGAGGUCCAAAAGGGAAUGGUGAUCCGACAGGUGAACAAUGUCCCCGUCAAGGAUAUGGCCGCAGGUGAUGUCGCGAAGGUUCUAGCAGAGACUGAUGGGUUGGUCACACUCCUGCUUGAAACACCAAAAGACGACAAGAUCGGCGCUCUCACGCUUGUCAAGACCCUCGCAGUUGCGGCCAUUGACAACGAUGACGAAGCUGAGCUCGGAUUGACCUUGAUGAACAAGGGCGGAAGGUUGAUGGUCGCAAAGAUCGCCGAAGGCGGCAAAUUUGCCAAAUCUGGGCUUCGACCCGGUAUGACUUUGCUGAGCAUAAACAACUCAAACUGCUCAAAACGAACGGCCGACGAAGCCACUGCCAUCAUUGAACAAACCCCUGGUGUUGUGACCCUUUUGGCUCAAAAACCAUUUCUGGGUCCUGGCGAAAUUAUUGCAGUGCCGAUCAAUAGAGGGGAGUCCGAAUCCAUCGGACUUGGUCUUGGCUCUUCGAACAAAACGGGGAAGAUCGUCAUUACAAACGUCAAAGAGGGCUCGAAGGCUUGGUUCACAGAGCUGUAUCCAGGAAUGGCUGUCAGGUCAAUCAACAACCAAAAUCUCAAUGGCAAGAAGCCAGAAGAGGCCUCCAAGAUUUUGACUGCAACAACCGGAAUGUUCACCAUCGCCGCUGAAUCCAUGCUCGACUUCGACAUGUCACUGAUCGAAAAUAGCACCCUUCAGACCAAGCCAGCAACUAUCACCGCAACAGUGAUGAAGGACAAAGGUGGGAAGGUUGGUCUACUUCUCGGAGAGAAGGGUAACAAACUCUUUGUCAGUAAGAUUGUUCCUGGUGGGAAGAUGUCAGAGACCGACCUCAAAGUUGGUAUGCAAGUGUUGAGUGUCAACAACGUCGAAUGUGAAGGCCUCCCAGUUGCGGAUGCAGCAACGAUCCUGAUGGAAGCGGAAGGAACGGUCACGAUCGUUGCAAAGCAACCAGAGUUGUCACCGGGUGCCCUCAUCACAGUAUCAGUGAUCAAGGAGACACCUGGAUCACCAGUCGGGAUCGGUCUUGGUGUCAUGAACAAAAAGGUGGUUGUCAGUAGCAUCAAGUAUGGAACACCUGCUUCUACUUCGGAACUGCAGGUGGGUAUGACAGUGAAGGGCGUGAACAAUGUCGAUUGCUCCAAGAAAAGCCCAAAAGAAAUUGCCAAGAUCUUUGCCGAAGCGUCGGGAACUGUGCUGAUCCUUGCUGAGGUCCCAUACCCACCCAGCCGAGUUGUCGGUGGUGGAGGCGUUGGUCUAGGUCGCGUCGCUUACGACAACAGCGCACGACCACCGCCUUAUGGUCUGCAAGAGGGCGGCGUCUGGGUGAGAAGGAAGUACACGGGAGAGACAACGGCGGUUUACACUGCUAUUGGAUGCGCUUGCCUUGUUCUCCCAGGUAUCUAUUCGAUGAUGAACCCUGUUGAUGUGCGAGACGUAUAUAUCUACGAAGGCAAGGCAUAUACAGCAGGUGGCGAAUGUGUGGGGGUAGCAACCCCCGAAAGUAGUUAG